AUGGCUGUCGAGUCUCGGGCGUUCCAGAGCCUUUCGACCAUCAUCGUAAGUUUGGUGGCCACUUCAAUUCCAGCUGGUCUUGCUCUGGCUGGUGGCUUUCUGUGGACAACACGUGUGGAGUGGGCUUGGACGCUUCUCGGAGCCGUUCUCUUGGACACUUGUGUCUUGCAGCUGAAGGGCCUUCUUCAGCAGCCGCGGCCUGUCCAGCAUGCUGCCUACGUGCUACCGUCUGAGGGCCCGUUUGGCAUGCCGUCGGAGCAUGCUGCGUUCGCAGGCUUUUUGCUUGGGCAGCUGCAUGCCAGGGGCAAAAAUGGAAGGCCUGGUACAGUAAGUCUGCAGCGUAAGUUGUGCCACAUGGCGCCAUGCACUUCAAAGCCACCUUCCAGUGACUAUCGAUGGUGGGGAAAUGACUGCCCUACGGAGAAGCCUGGUCUCGCACACUGUGUGACUGUGAUUGCAGAGCACAGCUGCGGGAAGCUUCUAGGAGGCAAGAAUGCUGGCUUGUCAGCUGCACAGGAGAGGCGAGUUUACACGAGGCUCAUCAGCAACCUCGGAAAGCGGCGGCAGCCGGCGCAGGCUGUACAGGCAUUGAGAGAAAUGCAGCAAAAUGGCAUCAAGCCAGACAAGUCUGUCUACAAUGCGCUGGUCGCGGCCUGCAUCAACUGCCAAUGUCGUGAUUCCGCUCUGAACGUAUUCGAAGAGAUGCGCGACGCAGGUUUCGAGCUUGACGAGGAGAUCCGCUAUGAUCUCAUAAGCUUGUGCGGCUUCGCCCAAGACUGGAAGAAAUCGCUUGAACUUUUGCAACAGCUCCGAGAUACUGGCACUGUACCCAAGGAGAAUUCCUACUGCAGCGUUGUGAGAGUCUGUUGCCGGUGCAAGCAGUACCCCACGGUGCUGAAGUUGCUUACCGAGAUGGAAGCAUACGGCCUAGGAGUUUGCGCAGUGUUUGCCUACGCAGCCCGGGCCUAA